AUGGUUGAUAGCGACUCAGAGAUUCCAACUGUUUUCGAUCCAUUUGCCGAGGCCAAGGACUCUGGCGCACCUGGAGCCAAGGAGUAUGUGCAUAUUCGCAUACAACAAAGGAAUGGAAAGAAAAGCCUGACGACUGUUCAGGGGCUGAGGAAGGAAUUCAGCUACGAUAAGAUCCUUAAAGAUCUCAAAAAGGAGUUCUGCUGCAACGGAAAUGUUGUACAGGACAAAGAGCUUGGUAAGGUGAUUCAGCUCCAGGGUGAUCAGCGCAAGAAUGUUUCUCAGUUCCUCGUUAAUGCCAACAUUGUGAAAAAGGAUCGAAUCAAGAUUCAUGAAUCUUGGCUUCUGUUUGUAUUGAUGAAGAAAAUUACCACAGCUCUAGUUACAUGUAUUUUUGCUUUAGGUGGUGCUACCAUAGGAGCAGUCACAGGAGGAAUCAGAGGCCAGACUACAGAAACCGGUCUACUGCGUGGCAUCGGGAUCGGCACGGUGGCAGGGGCAAUCACAGCCGUCCAAUUGAUGGAUCUUAUAGUCGAUGGAGAGCCAUUUUCCAAGGUUGCACUAAUCUAUAGUCUAUUAAAUGGAAAGAUCUUUAUGGAAUGGGUGAGCCCUGCAGUAUUAAAAGCCUAUCAAUGGCAGAUUAGCACUAUGGAUACAAGUUUAAGAGAGAUUUCAGACAUUUUUGAUGUCAAUGCAACCAGAGGAUUACCUCAGGAUAUAAUCAAGAAGUUACCAAAUUACACAAUUUAUUCCACAGAGAGAAACACACUGUCUCAAGAGAAAAGUUGUGCAAUUUGCUUACAGGAUUUUAGGGAUGGGGAAUGUGCAAAGAUGCUACCAAGCUGUGGACAUUCCUUUCACCUGCACUGCAUAGAUGACUGGCUUUCCCGGCAGGGUACCUGUCCAUUGUGUAGAAAUGAAGUUUGA